GGACAGCGCUUUAACGGGUGGGGGAGGGGGCUGCAUAGAGCGCGUUAAAGGGCUGGGUAGAGUGCUUAAUGGGUGGGGGGACAGGACGGAGCGCUUGAAGGACUGAGAAGCAGGGAGCUGUGCCCAGGAUCGCUUGCAGGGCAGAGGUGCGGUAGGCAGCCGGGCUCAGUGGCGCCCAGGAUCACCUGCAGGGUGGAGGUGCGGUAGGCAGCCGGGCUCUUGUCACUGUGGUUGUCAAGAAACGAGCACACGUACAAAGCCGAGGUGCACACUGGGGGUGGCUGGCGACUUGGCUUUAGGCUUGCUGGAGCGUUGCUCGGACCCCCUGACCCUUGCUGCCUCCUGGCCUGCCUGACCCAAGGGGCUGCUGGACGCACUGAGGGAGGUUGUGGGCCGAGGCUCACCCAGAAACUAGAAGCCUUCUUUGAGAAGGGAGGCCAGUAAAGACGUAGCAACAGAUUUCUUGGGAGAAAUCGCAUGGAAACAGGGAAGGGAGUGAGGUUCGCAGGUUCGUGUGGAGGGAAGCUGUCGGAUCACUUCGGCCAGCACUCGCUGCAUCCUGAGCAAGUUGAGGGAGCCUGUGGGUGCUGUCCGGUAAAACUGCCCAGAAACCAGCGAAGGAGUGAAGUGGAAGACAGUCGUCCCGGUUCUCCCCAGCCAGAUCCUUCCUGGGCUGGUGGAUGUGUGACACGGGAUACCAGGCAAGAUGGACCUAUGGUCUGAUCCAGUAAAUAGCAGUUCUUACGUUCUUCAGUCUGGGGGUUUGGGAGAAAGUGAACACAAGUCAUCUGCUGAAUUUUCUUUUUCAACUCAGCUAAGGCAUGAAAUGGGUAAAGAAUCCUAUUUUCUUAUUGUAGCUUGGUAUGUGCCAUGUCUAGCUGCACAUGAGACCCUCCAGGAAUUAUGUAGGAAGGAGAAUCUCACAUGUAAAUCCAUUGGAAUCGCCAACAGGAAUCUAAAGAGUUAUGAGGUGGAAUAUUUGUGUGGCUACAAGGUAGAAGAGGGCACAGAAUACUACCUUGUGAAGUGGAAAGGAUGGCCAGAAUCCACAAAUACCUGGGAACCUUUGGAAAAUCUUAAAUGCCCAUUGCUCCUCCAAAACUUUCAUAAUGAUCAGAAUGAAUAUUUAUCUCGAGCAAAGCAAGGGAAGGCACUAAUAACGAGAAAACAUGGCAAGGCUUUGAAACCUGCAGUAGUAGAUUACAUUGUAAAGAAAGCUAAACAAAGAGUAGCUCUACAGAGAUGGAAAGAAGAGCUCAACAGGAAGAAGAACCAUAAAGGGAUGAUUCUUGUAGAAAACACUGUGGAUCUUGAGGGUCCUCCUUUAGACUUUUACUACAUUAAUGAAUAUAAGCCUGCUCCAGGAAUAAAUGUGAUCAAUGGAAUCACAACUGGCUGUGAAUGCUCUGAUUGCCCUGCUGAGAAAUGUUGUCCCAAGGAGGCUGGAUGUCUUUUGGCUUACAAUAAAUAUAGGCAGUUAAAAAUCCAACCGGGUUUGCCCAUCUAUGAGUGCAACUCAUUCUGUAGAUGUGGUCCUGAUUGUCCUAACAGGAUAGUACAGAAAGGCACACCUUACUCUCUUUGCAUCUUCAGAACUAACAAUGGCCGUGGCUGGGGAGUAAAAACCCUCCAGAAAAUUAAAACAAACAGUUUUGUGAUGGAAUAUGUUGGAGAGGUCAUUACGAGCGAGGAAGCAGAGAGACGAGGGCAACUGUAUGACAACCAAGGGAAUACGUAUUUGUUUGAUCUGGACUAUGACUCGGAUGAAUUUACAGUAGAUGCAGCUCGAUAUGGAAAUGUGUCCCAUUUUGUGAAUCACAGCUGUGAUCCAAAUCUUCAGGUGUUCAAUGUUUUCAUCGACAACCUUGAUUUGCGUCUUCCUCGGAUAGCACUGUUUUCUACAAGACCUAUCAAGGCUGGAGAGGAGCUCACAUUUGAUUAUCAGAUGAAAGGCUCUAUAGAUCCUAUUUCGGACUCCGCUGAUGCUCUCAGCCCAGCCAGAAAGAGGACCAGAACUGUGUGCAAGUGUGGGGCUGUGUGUUGUAGAGGGUAUCUUAACUGAACGCUCAGUAUCCAAAGUUGCAGAUAAAUUAUUUUGCCUUUCUAAAUGAUUUCAAGAAGACUAUUCUAGUUUACAUAUAUAUCCAUUGAAGUAUUUUUACAUCUAAGUAAAUCACUACGGUGGAAAGAAGGCGUUAAAUUUAGGUUUGAAAUGGGCAUUAGCCAAAGAAGGAGAUUUAAUAUUACAACCACCAAAACAUGAAACACUUGACAGCCUGGAUUAAAAACUAGAUGUGCCUGGAACUACUGUCCUGUUGUUUAGGAGCCAAUGAAUGAGUUUGUUCAGAAAACUAUCCUUAAUGUGGACUAAGACUUGAAUAUUGAUUGUGUAUGCUUACAGCUCUAAUCCUGUAAGGGGCUGAGGUGAUGGUGUUCCAUGAAGCUGAAAGAUUGAUGACAGGAAAAAAGCCCUAAAACUCAUAGUUGACUAGUUAACUCGUAACAGUUUCCACUUUCCUUUUAAAAGGCUUAAAAAUAGCAAUAAAACUUCAGCCCUGAUCCUCCUCCAGGAGGUACUACCAUGAAAUGUUGCACAGGUAUGAAGGUUCAUAGGAAUAUACUCAAGCAGGAAAAAAAAAAAAGGACAAGAUUAGUAAUGUCUAUAGAACUUUGCACAGUGAUUUGUAUCAGCGGACUCUAGAGCUAAGAUCAGGGUCUUGGAAAUGAUGUAUGAAUGGCGUUGGCUAAUAAUUACAUAUAGAAUUAUAAUACAUUCAUUCCUAUGAACUUUUUUCCAAUUUUUACAGUCACUGUAUUUGCUGAAUUCCUGCAGUUAUAAAAACAGCUCAUAAUAUCAAAUUAUUUACGUAUGCUGAUUUUUUCCAAUCAUUUGGAAACAGGCAGAUGUUGCUGAAACAGACUAUUGAUUCAAGUUGAGAGAAGAUGAUAAACAGGAAUAAGAGUAAAAAUUCAGCCAUUAUUUCUUUGGUAAUCUGAUGCAUUUGUGUAAAGAUACCAAAUUAUAUGGUACAGAUAGAAAAGUAUCCUGGGAAUGGACUUUUAUGCACAACUGUCAUUGAUUGUUACAGUUCUUUUACAUAUUGUGAAUGUUUUUAAUCCAGUAGCAGAAUUAAAAACAUUAGACCAAACUUCUUCCUGUUGCAACCAAUUUAACUUCAGUGAAGUUAGACUAGGGGCAAAUUGCCCAUUUGCUGUAGGCAUUUGUAACAUGUUCUUUGAAUUUUGAAUGUAAAGCUGAGAAACCUAUCGUUCUUCAGCUUCUUGAAUAUUUUUCCAUUGAUAUUCGAAAGUAGUUAUGUUGAUCCGUUGAUAACGUAUACUAAAAUUUUGUUGGACUUCAAAGACGCUGAACAGCAGUUGAGUUAGACUGCGUGAGCGGAGCCACAAACUGUCCAUAGUUCCAGGGACAAAGGUUAAGUGCUUUAUUUUUCCUGUGGAUAAGCUUGCAGGACUUGCAUAGUACUUGAAAGUGAUGUACAGGAUCUUUAAGGAGUUGGGCAGAGUUCUGUUGCUCCAUAAAUGGAUGCUUGCUACAUACCAUGAGGUCAGCUACUUACCUUUAUAAGGUACGCUGCUGUUGGCUCAGGUGAAUGAGGUCCAGUAUCGUAACACAUAAUGAUUUUCUUCAUUUGUUAAAAAUAUGCCUUAAAGUUCAUGUUUACCACUCCAACAAAGGUUUUGAAGGACAGUUUGAGUCAUUUGUUAGUUUAAAAGCACAGUUUUAUUUUACUAGAGAACUGGUUUUGUGUAGGGGAGUGAAAUCGCAUAAGCUAAUGCACAACAGCACGUUUGCCAUUGGGAUACAGAUUCGGGGUAAAGAGCAGUACACAGUGCUCUAUGGGUUUUGUAGACUAUAAAGAAAUAUACUUUGAAAUUAGAUGCUUUAUAUUGUUUAAUGACUGAGACGCUGAUUGCAUAAUUUUAAACAUACCUGGCAUUUUACUGUGCUACUUUGUGCCCAUACUUGGAUAAAAGUGCUGGAUUUAGUCAUUAUUAAAGGUGUCAUACAUCGUUCAUAAUUGCUUUUCUAAAGCUUAAGUGGAAUGUGGAGCGUAAAUCCUUUUUGAAAACAGAAAAUAGUUCAUAUCUAGAAUCAUUCCACUUUCUAUUGAAUACAUCCCAAGUGAGCAGCAAGUUGUGCAGGGAUGGAAAUCUGAGCUCCUGCUCCUCAACAGGUAGCAGACGUUCAGGAGGCAAUUCCCUGGCCUCUUGCAGAUGCUUUGGAUUGUUCUUGUGGCUGUUGCCCCUGUUGGACCCCUUUGCACAAGCCACACGGAGGGCUGUAGUCACUAUUUUGGCUGCCUUUUUCCCUUAAUUUUGGGCCCCCUGAACAUGAUGGUCUGUAGCAGUAUAAGAGGGUUAGACAGAAGAUCAAAAAUACAUGCUUAUAGAAAGCACAUCAAGGUCUGCCAGCUCUCAGUAUCUGAGUUUAGUGUCCUGUCUCUUCUGAUGAUUGUGUUUAUUGCCAAUACGUUGCUUUAAUCUAAUGGCUUGGAGUAUUACCUCUGCUGCAGGAUCUCAAAUUCUGAUCCUGUGAAAUAAUGGGAGUACUUUAAGUAGACCUAUACAUCCCAUUGCUGAUUCAGAACCAUAAAUGAUGUCUGAAUUUGCAGUGCAUUUUGGUUUUCUUCUGUGAAUUAGUUUAAUGGGAUACUAAGUCACUUUUAAUCUCCUGUCAUCCUUUCAGGAGUUCAGGAGGGAAAAUUGCCAAAUUAGAAAAGGAGAAAAAAGUUAGUGUCAGUUCCUGAAGGAGCUGAAACCAGCCACCUUCUGCCUUUUAUGCUUCUUGGUCAGCAUUUACCAUGGCCACCAGUACAGCUGUGUCAAUGGCACUUUUGCUUGACUGGUAACAUGCAAUGUGUUUUUCAGCUGUUUUGAGGUAGCAGAACUAAAAUGCUGCAGCAUCUUCUAGAAGAAAAAAAGCUAUUGUGUAUUUAUUUAAACUCAAAAUUAUACCAACCUCUUGGUUAUUUUCAGCGUGUGUAUUUGGGACUGUGUACUUGUUAGGAUAUGCAGUUUGUAACCUCAGGAACACUACUUUUUCAUAAUUGAUAUGUGAAGUCUGUAAUAGCAGUAUCUCUUUCUUAUAGUUUCUUUUGAUAAAAUAAAUUUUAAUUUAGUAUUUCUUUUGUGGUUGGCUUGUUUUUAUAAUAACUGGCAGUUCUGCAGGUGGCCAGACUACUGAGAUUUGAAUCACCUGGACUCACUGGGUUUGGGAGACAUUUCGUACCUGUACCCCAGUUCGUCUCACACUGUAAGCCAGAUCUAUAAUGUUGUACAAAUAUGUUUAUAACUUUAGUUUUUACAUAGUCUAUACUGAAUAUGCAGCAUCUUUUCUGGAUCUUUUUAAAGUUUCAUUUCUCUUACUUGAUUAAACAGAAGCAACCCUUCAAAUACCUGAAGGGUGAUUUUACAGAGAGGAUGGAGAUGGGCUUUUGUCUGUGGCCAAAGGGGACAGGACUAGGAACAAUGGCCUUAAGCUGUAGCAGGAGAAAUUUAGGUUGGAGAUUAGAAGCAACUUCUUGACUAUGAAGGUGCUUAAGCAUUGGAACAGGAAGAAUAUAAAAACUGGAAUCUCUAUCCUGUGAAACUUUCAAGAGCAGGCUAGACAGACACUUGGCUAGGAUAGUUUUAGUCCAGGAUGAUCCUGCCUUGAGCAGAGUGAUGGACUAGAUGACCACGUAGUCCCUUGUAGCCCUACUUUCCUACGAUCCUAACUCAUCAGCGAGUAAUUUUUAACACUUCUAAAGAAUUCUGAAUUGUGGUGUUCUCCCUUGGACAGGGAUGAUCAACCCCUGGCCCAUAAGCCAAAUCCAACUCACAGGGCUCCCAAUGGGUCUAGAAAUUUGGCAGUGGGAGAGCGGUGGCACCACUAUCCUGCUGCCAAAUAUUUGGAUCUGUAGGGAGGCCCAGGUCCCAGAUCAGAUGCCAGAUCCCACUUCAUAGCAAUGUCCAUACAGAGUUAGAUCUACAUUCAAAAGGCGUAAUUUCUCUUGAAAGUUUGUUAAAGGGGCAUGCAGAGGACAGUAACAAAACAAAGCAAUAGCUGUUUGUGAUUUUGACACGCACUCCCUUUUUAUUGGAUUCUGUUAAUCUUUGAAGUAUAUAGGGGUCAGCAACCUCCAACCCGUGGCAGCACCCCAGCACAUCCCUCUGACCACCUAUUGCACAUGCCACUCACCAUCACUGCUGAAUUUGGCCCUUCCCACUGCUACUGAGGAGAAGGACCAGCAUUGUAGGGGAGGGAGGAAAGGAGCUAAGUGCGCAAUGGGGGCAGGCUCAGGUGGUCUUGGUGCUGUGGAGGAAAGCAGCUGCCUGUGGUCAUGGCUGGGUGGCAAGCCUGUUACCUCUACCACAGGGAUUGGCAACCUAUGGCCUGCAGGCCUGAGAGAGGAUGCUGAAUAGGGGGCUUCACCUUUCAGGCUGCUGCUCAGCUGGGAGCUUUACCCAAACUCUGCUGCAGCUCCAUGCUGGGGAGAAGUGCCAGUACAUGGGUCCUAGCACCAACCCACCUCAGAGCCAAGCUGGGUCAUACAGGAUCUCUGCUUGAAAAAGGUGCUGGUGACUGCUAAUAAGUUGCCCUUGGUGUACAUUACAGUGGAUAUGUCCUUUCUUUAAAUUGUUCUGAUGCCCCUAAUCAUUUCUGUCUCUCAGAAAAAUGUAAAAGACUUGAGAGAAAAUUAUUUGGUACCCAGCUCCUUAAAAUACCUCUUCCUAUCUGACAGUAAACCUUAUAAAAAUUAGUACCGUGCAUCGUCAAUAAAGCAUAUAUCAAAGGGUCAGAACGCCAUGUGUGUGACAUCUCACAGAGCAGAAGUUAAUCUGUGAAAAAGGGUCUUGUGGGCAUUUUUUUAAAUUGACAAUCUGCAAAUGUUUUACUGAGAGCCAAACAUUUUUACUAUGGCUGGUGUUAAACCCCUGAAAUUAAAUCCUGCCCUUGUCCAAGGGUAUAUUUAUAUUAUGUAAACACACAACAGUAAAAAAGUUUGGCUGUCAGUAAAAAGUGUGCAGGUUGUUAGUUAAAAAGUUUGUUUUGGGUUGGCAACCCUGUUCUUUAAAUGCACAUGACCAAGUCCCAGACAAAUGCUUUAGCAUAUUUCAGAGGGACUUAAAGUGGAACAGUAGACUUCUACCUCUGUAGGAUUCCAAGAUGAAUGCAGUGACUACAGUCCCAGUUUGACACUGUCACAGAGCUGGAUAAACUAGGGAACAACCGGUAGGAAGCAGAUGUUACCCCUGGCUAUAGUGCUGGUAAUAUUGAAUGUUGCAUCUCAUUCUGGCACCCAUAUUUUAAUAUGGAUGUUUAAACUUAGGAGAGGGCAUAGACAGCAACCAGAAGUAAUUCAAAGACUGGAGAAAUAUAGCUCUUAAGUCUCUCGCAACAAAACACUAACUGUUCCACUUAACAAUCUUUCUGAUAUAUCACUCAAGUAGAGUAUCAUCAUGGAGAAAAAAGAAAAGACCAGGCCCUAUAAGACUAAUCUUGUAGAGAGAGGCAUAACAAGAACAAAUGCAGACAAUUUCAUUUUAAAAUUAGGAUUUUGGGAAGUGGGGCUAGAAGGGAACCUCAUAAGACCAUCUGGUCCUGUCCCCUGCUGAAGGCAAGAUCAUCCCUGACUAAACCAUCCCAGGUAAGUAGGUGUCUGUGACUGGUUUGUGAACAUUUCUAAGCAUGGAGAUUUCACCAGAGGGGUGUUUUUUUUUUUAAGUUAGGAUGAUUAAUUGCCGAGGAAAGGGAGUUUCUAUGUCUUACCAUCUAGGACAGUGAUUUUCAACCAGGGUACUGCAGCACCUUCAGGUGCCUUGAGAUCUUUUCAAAGGUGUCACAAUGCAACAUAAUGUUUGUACUGUUAGGUACGCAAACAUGAUUUGCAAGAUAAACCCAGAAAUCUCAAAUCAGAACCAUGGCGUUAAAAACAUUCUGCCCUGUUGUGGCUUUUCUUUGCAGUAGCACAAUUGCUCUGUUAUUUUUACCUCAGUCAAAAAAAACAAAUGAAAACUAAGAGCUGGCAUUUUCCAGGGUGUGCCUGGAGCCUCACAAAAAGUCCCUUGGGUCUAUAAAGGCUGAGAACCACUGAUCGAGGAUCAUCAUAUACGGGCUUUCUGGAAAACAUAUGUAUUAGUCAAAUAUAAGUUAUUGGGCCCAAUACAAGUCUAACUGGAUGAAAUUUAGUGACACGUAGACAAGUAAAGAUGCAUAAGCUUUAAGUUGUAACAUACAUUUCUACUCUACCAUAUUUUGCCCCUGCACCUGGCUUAGACCAUAGGUAACCUAGUGGUCUCCAAGUGGUAACUCCAUGGCCAUGAAGAGGGAUGAGGACCAAGCUACCCCUGGACCCUAAUCAUGUCAGUGAUACACUCAGAGAUAGUGCCAUCCAUAUUUACCCCGUGUUAGCCAACAGAUUCAUAGAUGCUAGGGUU